GUUGGAGUUUAUUUUUAUGCGCUCACAAACAGUGGAAGUAUAAGUUCUAUCAUAACAAAGAAGUAAGCCUGAACUGAGUUGGGGAUAUUUUCUUUCUUGAGGACAGUUGUUUUCCUAAUCUCACGCUGAAGAUAGAGGAAGAAUAACCACUGGUUAUAUUAUAAGAUUAAAUAACGAUUUUGUUAGAAUAUAUAUAAAUACAGCCUCGUAGAUGGACAUUCACUUGGUGUCGUGAUUUGUGAAUAGUGAAGAAGACUUGUGCGAAUAGCUUAACAAGUGUCAAAAUUAUUCACUGUCGUGCGUGUUAAUUUUACUUAAGUGUGUACGCAGAUUAAAAGAGGAUAUAAAGCUGCAUUUACAUUACGAUUUUUUAUUUUGAUACGAUGACUUCGACGCUGCUACAAAGCAAUUGGUUGAAUAUGACACCGAGGGAUAUCAGCAAAUUUUUGUUUAAUUCACUGAACAAGCAAGAAAAACAGGCUCCAUUGCAGCAGUCCCAACAUGAUUUGUUUAACGCUUUUUCGACUGACUUACUAAGAACCAUUGACGAAACAUAUGCGCCUCGCCAACCCAGUUACCGUAAGAGUAAAGACAUAACAGACGUGAUAUACAGAGAGACAAUGAACCAUCAACCCAACCCAUACGCUCGUCACUCAUACACUCCAUCAAGCUCUGUUUCAAAUGACAGCGGCUACAAAAGUGCGUAUGACGUCUACCGUUCAAGUCCUGAAUCGUUCGAAAGCUUAGACUUUUUUAAAGAGGAUGCCUCUUUGACGUCACCAAGUAGCCAUGAUGGAUUCAGUUCCCGAUCGGAUUAUUCGGGUUCUUUAAGUCCGGAUAGUUUCGAUUUUGAGUUUAACCUCCAGCAAUCUUUUCUUCAAAGAGAAAAGAGAGUUCGAAAACCACCAGAGGGAUAUCUAUGUCACCUUUGCUUUUGCAAGGGACACUACAUUAAAGAUUGCCCCGAGGCUAGACCCAAAGGAGAAGGGCUCACACCAUACCAAGGAAAGAAAAGAUGCUUUGGCGAAUACAAAUGCCCCUCGUGCAAGCGCAAAUGGAUGAGUGGUAAUUCGUGGUCAAACAUGGGACAAAGUUGUAUCAAAUGCUCUAUUCUUGUUUAUCCACACAAACAGAGACCCCUUGACAAACCUGAUGGUCUCGAUGUCUCGGAUCAAACAAAAGAACAUCCACAAACGCUGUGCGAAAAAUGCAAAACUCUUGGUUAUUAUUGUCGCAGGGCGUCAAGUUGAAUAAUCGGGUCAAACCGGUGACAAUAUACCAGAAAAAAUUUGUAAAUAAAUUUAAAAAUACUUGAGGGACUGGGAAUGAAUUGCAAGUUAAAUUAAUUGUUGUCUGCACGCAUAUUUUUAAUUAGUUUUUUGACAGCUAAUGGUCUGAGUGAGAAAAGUUAUUUCUGGGAUAUUCAAACAUGAACUUUAUUUAAAACUGCUCUUUCUAGGGCCAGAGGUGGGUUAAGCGAAGAUACCACAACCCUCCUUUCUUCAGUGAGAGCGUAGAUAGCAUCGAAAACUUUGAUUUGUUUCUAACAUUUGAACAGAUUUUGAGUCAAUAUGGAGAUCUUAAAUUUGGAAAAUUUUAGCCACCCCAAACCAUGGUCAGUAUCCUUAGCCACUAUUUUGGACCCUCAAGUUUUGAAACCCAUUCAGCAGUCCUUAUUUUUAAAGCUUCUAUCUUUCCAACAGCUUAAAAAAACAAGACGUCAUUUUCUUUAAUUUUUUUUAACUUUUAAGAAUAUAUUAAAAGAAUUUUUCUUUUUUCUUUUGCAUUGGAUGCAUGCACCAGGAUAACAUAUAAAUCCCAUUUAAACAUGGUGCGUGUGUCCAGUGUAACUAAUAGAUAUAUUAUGAUAGAAUUCUCAAAGCUAUUUAAUAAGUGUAUAAUAUUAAUUUUUGUAUGUUUGGCCAGUGAUGUGUGCUAUUUUUUUGCGAUUACUCCUCCUGAUAAAACAACACAGGCAAACACUUUUAAGGGAGGUGCGCUCACCAUGUAUAAUUUAUUAUUUUGUAUUUAAUUAUUUUUUACUGAUACUUUGUAUGUAUACGUGGAAAGUGUGACCAGGGAAUCUGUUAAAAAGUUUAUUUUUUCUAUAUUUCGAGAUUCGAAUUUAAAUUAUAUAUUGCUUAAAUUAUGCGGUAUAAAUUAUAACCAUUUACUAUAAAUAUUAUGUAUAAGGGAGAUAGUUUGAUUACAAUAUUACGGAGAUAUCCUAUAUAUAACAGAGAUUUAUUUUCUAUACGACGGGGGAUUUAGACAUUGUUUUUUACAAUCUAAUUUUUACAUCCAUUUUUUUUUACUUGUCGUAGAAAAGCAACAUUUGAACCCAAUCUUAUAAAUAUAGCAAAUUAGUUUCCAAGCCUCUACCCUAGAUGAUUUAGACAUGAUGAUGUAUAUGUGUUAUGUUGAUGAUAUUUUUACAUGAAGUAGUCAUGAAGUGUUAUUAGAGUAUAUGUUAUUAUGAUGAAGGUUUUAUGAUGAAGAAUAAAAGUUGAAUACUUAUAACUGACAAAUCAUUCAGUUUUAUUCUAGUGUCAAUUAGCUAAAGUCACGGUGCUUAUUAAAUACCAUAAUACAUUCAAUCAUUCUUAAGCUCGUUAAUACGUUACUCUUUGGACGCUGCGCUCUCACCCUCAUAAAAAGCGACAACAGGUCCUGGAUUCGAGGUUGCUCAUUUUGCGGCGGUGAUCAUUAUCGGCCCUCAUAACGUUGGCCUUAUUGGCGUGUGGCGGAAUUAGGGCGGGCGCUAUAAGGGCCAAAAAGGUUACUGGCUUUGAAGUUUUCAUUCCAUUGACACAUGCACACUUUUGAGAAUAGGUCACGGUCAUUCAGUUCCGCCUGUACACGGGAAAUUCAGUCUGCGCAUGCGCUAACUUUUGAAAUCUCAAAACGCAAAAAUUCCGUGGCAAUGAUGACGUCAUAAUCUCGACAUACCUGACUUAACAUGCUAAAUUACAAGGCAUAAUGCUAAAAUAUUGUUUACUUUGUAUUUUAUUAUAAUAAGUGUGGCCAAGGCUCCGUAUAAACACUGCAAACGACGGGUUGGCUUUUGUUGUGGCA